AUGGGUGCAACGGCAAGCAAAGAGCAAGCAGUAGCAACAGCUCUCGAAAAUCAAGAUGCGGGCGAAUUGCGAACAAUCUUGAAAGAUUUAACACCAGAACAAAUUCGAACUCUAUGCAAGACUUACGUUCCUUCAGAUGAAAAUCAAUGCACAGUUCUUCAUUAUGCCGUAUGGCAAGAUAAUCCAGAAUUGUUGGCUCCACUAUUGGAUUAUGCAGAUGAACUGGAAGUUCGUGAUGGUCUUGGUUGGACACCGUUAAUGACUGCUGUCAAUCGUGGUAGUAAACAAAACGUGAAUAUGCUGUUGGCACGUGGUGCUCAAGUCGAUUGUGAUUGGGUCGGUGGCAUGAGUCUUGUAGCUGAUGCUAUGAAUUUCAAUGAUGCAGAACUUAUCACCAUUCUCAUGGAUCACGGCGCAUACGUUGCACCAACAGCGGACAUGCUGAGCAAUAGUGAAGACCAAAGUUCAUUUUAUCUGCUACAUUAUGCUGUCGAUGAUGGCCUCAUUGACAUUGCUAAGUUAUUAAUUGACAAGGGACGAGUACCGUUAAACACACUCGAUCAUUCAGGUUGGAGUCCACUUCAUUUAGCUGCUGGGCAUAAUAAUUUAGAUAUGGUGACAUUGCUUCUGUCUCGAGGUGCCGAUGUCAAUAUAAAAGACUCCAUUGGCAAUACUCCAUUAGCAUGGGCUCGGGAAAUGAAUGCUACUGAUGUUAUCAAUGAAUUAGAAAAACGUGGAGCAGUUGCGGAUAAAGAAUGGCAUGGAGAAAAAUUAGAAAUGAAAACCAAUGAACAGCGUGCGGAAGAAGGUGCAUUUGAUGAAAACGACCCAAAUGAAGAAGAGGGUGACUAUCAAUCCGAACCAGGAGAUGUCAACGGUAUUCAAACAGGUCGAUUCGAAAUUGAAGUUGAAGAUCCUAAAACUAAACGACAAAAUUCCAGCAAAGAUUCGAAUAUCACCGAUGCACUCCAACGACAACGCCCAACUACAAAGAUCGUCUUUUAA